CCUUAAAGCCUUCGAAGAACCGCGGCUUUUGCACUGAGAGCUGAAGCGCUGAGAGCUUCGACCCUCCGAACUCCGUUCUGCGCAUUUCUGUCUUUUUCUGUCCGUCUCAGAGGUUCGUGAUGGCGCACUGGGCUGCGUUUGGGCUGCUGGUGGCGCUGCUGGUCAUCACCGCGGAGAGCAGACCGGCCACUCAGACACAGCACGAGACGCUGAGGGAGCUUCUGGGUGAUGAGCUGGCCGACCUGGUGAUUUCGGGGGACGCUGAGCGGGCGCUGGCGGCCCGAGCCCGGCUCCUGAGGGACCUGCGCGUGGACACGCGGGCGAAGGGCGUGUGGGCGAAGAUCAUGAGCGAACAGCCUGGCUCACGCAGACAAAAAACAGGCUCGAAGAAAGCAGGCGGCACCACCCGCAGCGGCUGCUUCGGACACAAGAUGGACAGGAUAGGCACCCUCAGCGGCAUGGGCUGCCAGCCCGCACACUACCCCUCCGCAAGCAACCUCUCAUGAGUGAUUAAAGGACGCCGUUUGGAUUUGGACAAUAUUGACUUAGUUGUUCCUCUUUUGGGGGAAAAAAACCUAAAAGGCGCCGGAUUAACGGUACAGAAGCGCCAUGACCAGCGUUAUGGGGACGAACAUCAUUAAAAACCAACAAAAAACCACACGUAUAAACGACAACACACUCCACGAGAUUGGGGACAGUGGUGUAAAAAAAGAAAAACUCGCAAAGCUGUAUAUUGUCGCUGCUGCUGUACAUUCAUGUACUUCAUUCCAGCAUAAAUGUAUUUAUGUUUUAAAAAAAAAAGGCUAUUUAUAUGUUUAUAAAAAGAGAUAUUUAUAAAUAUGAGUUUAUUUAUGUAACAUUUUGAAAUGAAUGCAAAAAAAAAAAAACUGCAGGUCAACUCUGUUUGUAACUUUUUUUGUCUCAAAUAGUUGUAAAUGUUUUAAAAAUGAUUAAAAAACGUGC